CUCAGCUGGACUGAUCUCGCCAUGUAUUUCCACUGUAAACUAGUCAUACUGAUACUUGCACUGACUCAUGAUGGUCAAGUGUAUACAGGAGAAAUCUUUGGAGGCCACGAGGCUGUCCCACAUAGCAGGCCGUAUAUGGUGCUUUUGGAGCAGCACGUGGAGGAUAAUAAAACACAACACUGUGGUGGAUUCCUUCUGAAUGAGGAUUUUGUGAUGACGGCAGCCCACUGCCAAGCAAGGUCCUACAGUGUCCUUCUAGGAGUUCACAACUUCUUUAACAGUAAAGAAGUACAGCGUAUAACUGUGGAAAAAGCAUUUCCACAUAAAGACUACGAUCCUAUUAAUUUAAAAAAUGACAUAAUGCUUCUUAAGUUGAAGUCCAAGGCACAUUUCAACAAAAAUGUGAAACCCAUUGCUCUCGCAGGCCAAGAUGAUGGAUCUCUGCCUAAAUCAUGUAUAGUCUCUGGCUGGGGAAGAAGCGACAAAAACAAUAACUUUAUGUCUGUAAAGCUCAUGGAAGUCAAUGUAACACUCACUGACAAUGAGCUGUGUGCCCAGAAUGAGUGGUACUGCUCUGAGGGAGAGAAUGGACCGGGGAAAGGAGACUCUGGUGGUCCGUUGGUCUGUGAAGAUGGAAAGGCGUACGGGGUGGUGACUGCCUCAGCUGAACUGGCUGCGUCAAAACAAAUCCAUGCUUAUACUAAAAUUCCUGAGAGUAUGAAGUGGAUCAAUAGCAUGAUGGAACAUGUAUAUUUGAGUACCUAAGUGACUGUGUAAGUAUGACUUGAAAUCAGAAACUUAAUUGUAGACUCAAUGCUGUUUAUUAGGUGUAUUACCUACUGAUGUUAGACAAUAUGUCCUAUGCUAUUAAAAACAACAUUACAUAUAUUAAAUGCAUUACUGCUUUGUGCAUGUUCUUUUAGACUAGAUUGAAUGAGAACACAGGCUCCUGUAUGUUUGU